AUGAAAAUAUCAACACUUGUACAAUUGAUAAUUCAAGUAGCUGAAAUAAAUUCAUUAGAAAAUCCUAAAAAUAAUGAAUAUGAUUCAAAUGCAUCACAACGAACAUUAACUGAUAAAAAUCGACCACAGACACAAGAUAGUGAAAGAAGUAUUGCUACAUCACGAUCAACGUUACAAAGUGUUAUUCGUGGUGUUGGUGAAAUGGAUUUAUACAAUAAACAUACAAAUCGUUCUUCAACGAUAAUAUCAACACCAAAAAUAACAAAUAAUGAACAAAUUAAUUUAGCAUAUGAAGAAUGUCCUUAUUUAAUUGUCGAUCUUCGUGAUAAAGAUGAAUUUAAUAUUAAUCAUAUUGCUUCAGCUCACCAUUAUCCAGCUACUAUGCUUUCACGUUGUACCAAUAAUGAAUCAAAAGAAUUGCUUAUCUAUAAAAAUCAAAAAGGCAAAAUUAUUGUUUUAUAUGAUGAAGAUGAACGUAUUGCGCCACGUGCAGCAACAAUUAUGGUAGAACGAGGUUAUAACAACAUCUUUUUACUUUCUGGAGAAUGUUUUCUAUUAUUAAAUAAAAUUGAAACAACAAGACAUAAAGAAAUUAUUCUUCUAGGUUUAAAAUAUGCUGUGAAAAAAUUUCCACGUGGUCUCAUAACUGGUACAUGUCCAUUAGUAUGGACAUCAUCAAGUGUACAAGCAAGACCAAUAAAAAUUCUUACACGUACACAAUCAAUGAAUAUACUUCAUAGUGAAGCACCAUUAGGACAAUCAGCUGUUAGUUUAACACGACCAUCGCUAGGUUCAAUGAUUACAUUUGGCAUUCGAGAACAAUUUACAAAUCAUGAUAUUGAAGAAUUAAAUGCACAACUUGAAAAUAAUUUAUUACCAAAAGAUAGUGCUACACGAUUAUCACGUGCACAUACUCAAGCAUCAAAACACUGUUCACGUAUGUCAAAUGUGUCUGAACGAUCAAAUUUAAGUAAUGUUUCAGAUAAACCAUGGAAACCAUAA